CUUCCCCAUAUUUUGUGAUAUACGAAUUGGGAUACUCAAAUUAGCCAAGUAAGAGACGAAAGAAGAGGUGAUCAAGAGGUGGUGAAGAAAAACAUGUGAGUUGACAAUAAAAGAUAAGCAAAUUUCCAGGGGAACCCAUUAGUGAGCUGUAAUCAUGGGUCGCAUGUGGUGCGCAUGGAAUACCAUGAGCAACAAAAGGAGGCAGCUCAAGGUUAAAGAAAUCUUCGUUUGCUGUCUUUCCUUUGAGUCUUCUGUUUUGAGUAAAACUUGAAUCAGAGAAACUCGAUUCCAUGAUAGUUUUUCGUUGUAUUGGAUUCAAGCUGAAAGUGCUUAGUGCCAGAACCAGCUUAUGCAAAAGGUGAUAUGAAGCUGAGUCUUGGUCAAUUUCUUUCUUUUAUUGGCAUCAAACAGACAGAAAAAAUAUUUGAUGUUCAGUUGGCCUGUCCUUGAUCGCAGUCUGGAAGGGAGCUAAAUCUGGAAUUGGUAUAUAUUGGAAGUACGCUUUUCAUCAUUUUAACUUUGUAAGAUAUCUUUGUCAUAUCGAACAUUUCUGUAAUCAAUGGACGGUUUGGGUUGGGAUGGCUCACUAGUUGUUACAAACACACCAUCCUCGUGGUAUCAACAAAGGCUUCAAGAAAGCUUGGUUUUGUCCAGCGAAAACUCCAGCGUUUUCAAUCCUAUCCAGGCGCUCCAAGAGGCUCAAACAUCUCAUGUAUUUACAAAUUCUGAAAUAGCAAGCGUAAUGGUUCAGCCACCAACUCUCACAUCGGAUUCAAUGAAGGUAGAAUCAAACAUGAACCCAUCCGACCGCCAAGAAGCUAUGAGAUUGGCAGCAGAUGCUGGGACACAUUGGCCUGGAGAAGAUUCAACAUCUGAAUUAUGUCCUUCCACUUUGAUGAUCAAAAGGCCUUGCACAAUGAAUCCUUCGAGCGGUUUAAAUGCUGAUUUUAGCAUGGCAAAACAAUCACAAGAGGUCAAUGGCUUACAGAAUGGAAGGCCUCCAGUACCGACAUGCUCUCUUGAGUCGUUGGAUUGCUUGCUCUCAGCUACUACUAGCAACACAGACACGUCGGCCGAAGAUGAGGGGAUUUCCACUAUUUUCUCUGACUGCAGAAAUUUAUGGAACUUUGGUUCUAUUGGUGCAGUUUCAUCUGGAGAGUGCGAGAAUGAUGCUUCCAAUGCAAUAAAAGAAGACAUGCGCUGCCCAGUAAACGAGAUUGAAAAGAGAGCAUCGCAAAGUUCCUCGGAUCUUUAUGGAAACCAUGGAAAAUUUCGAGAAUCUAAGCAUGUUUCUACAAAGAGAAGCAAUCAUGAUCAAAGUGAGAUCAAAGCUGGUCCAAAUUAUAGUUUUGAUCUUCUUCAAACUGAUUCUACUACUACUGAAGGUGGUUUUAAACUCAUUUCUGAGAAUCCGGCAAAACCCAAGAAGCCCAGAUCAGAGAAGGGUCCCAGCACAUCCAACAUCAACUUCCAGCAGUCAAGUUCAUCGGUAUCCUCUUCCGUCGAGGAACCUGAUCCAGAGGCCAUUGCACAAAUGAAGGAGAUGAUUUAUCGGGCUGCGGCUUUUAGGCCAGUGAACUUGGGUUUGGAUGUGGUGGAGAAGCCCAAGAGGAAGAAUGUCCGAAUAUCAUCGGAUCCGCAAACUGUGGCUGCAAGGCAAAGGAGGGAAAGGAUCAGUGAAAGAAUUAGGGUUUUGCAGAGACUGGUUCCCGGUGGGAACAAGAUGGACACUGCAUCAAUGCUUGAUGAGGCUGCAAACUACCUCAAGUUUCUCAGGUCACAAGUCAAAGCAUUGGAAAAUCUAGGCCAGAAACUUGACUCGAUGAAUUGCCCCCCUGCAGACCUCGCCUUUUCUUUCAAUCCCUCUUUUCCCAUGCAAACCUAUUUCCCACUCCAAAACCCUAAUCAUAUCCACCGUUAUCCAAAGAGUUGAAAAAUAUUAUUAUCCAGAAAAAAAAAAAAAAAAUCAUUGGUAUUUAUCAAAUCUCCUUCAAGUACAUUAAGAAAAUUUAACCAAAGAUCCCUAAUCAUAGCCAUCAUCAUUUCAGCACCAAUGAUUAACAUCCAAAUCCCAUUUCCUACCCAAAAACACAAAAUCUAAUCUCUGUGAUCCACAUGAUCAAAAUUCUGAUUAUUAUAUAUCUGUGAUCUAGAGUUCAAAACUCAGGCUAAUAGUGGCUUUUUUUAAUUAUCUCCAUCACAAGACCCACCACCCAAGAUCAGCGAGAGAUCUAGCUUUUUGGCUGUGCCAUUCUCCCUAGUAGUUUUCCUGCCUCCACUGUUAUUAUGUUUUGUUUUUGAAGGAAGAGAUAAUCAUAGUGGAAGUGGCAAUUAAUCAUGUGAACGUAGCCAAGCCAUUCAUGACCCUUUUUCUGCGCAGAAAGGCUUAGCAAUGAUACUACUUAUGAUUAAGCUGAGGGGCAAGAAAGUGAUUGUCACUUUGUUGUAUAUUCAAUUAUUUUAAUGUGAUCUUAUAUGUAGUUAAAGCUCACUUUGUUGAUUAUAUCUAUGUUAUUCUAAUGUUAA